AUGAAGAAUCACAGAGAACUUCCAGAAGUACAAAAACAACAUUGUGAAUAUAUUUUACAAAAAUAUUCAUGUGAUAAAUCAAAAAUUAAACAUGAAGAUUCUUCAUCGAAUGCAAAUUCAGAUCUUCUUAAUGAUUUAUUUCUAAUUAAUAUUCUUGCUAAAUUAGUUAAUAAAGCUCAAUCCGAUGAUACUGAUGAUGAUGGUGAUAUUCAUAAUACUAAAUGUGCUGCAUGUGGAAUGAAUCCUAUUCGCCAAGUUGAUCGAUAUCAUUGUUUAGAAUGUACAUCAACAACAUAUGAUUUGUGUGGACAUUGUUUUGGAAAACGUCGUGAAACAGGAAAACAUUCAAAUAGCCAUGUCAUGGCACAUUUUAAAUUACCAAAUGAAAUGUUAGGAAUGUAUUUCUAUGAUAUUGACAAUGAAGUUACUUUAAAUAAAUUACGAAAAUUAGAUACACUACGACAUGAACAACAUGAUGGCACAGCAUGUGAUGGAGUUUGUAAUCAAAAAGUAAUAGUUGGUUUACGUUUUAAAUGUGAUACAUGUCCUAAUUAUGAUUUAUGUGAAACAUGUGCCAUCGAAAACCGUAUUUGUACAAAAAAUCAUGAAAGAAAUCAUCCAUUAAUUUUAACUUCGAAUAGAGUUAUACCAAAAAUUGAUUCGAAUGAUUUUGAAAUGGGAGAAGUUUUAGGUCAAGGAGGAUUUGGUUAUGUAUGUAAAGCUAUAUGGCGACCAAAAAAUCGUCAAGUUGCUUGUAAAGUUAUUGAAAUACCUAGUAAAGCAUCAAAAUCAGAUCCACUUCAUCGAAGUUUUUUUCUUGAAUUAGCUGCAUAUCGUGAAUUAUCCGGUCCAUAUAUUCUUCGAACAUAUGCUUAUGCAACUCGUAGUAUACCAUCAAAUCAUCAUCACGGAUCAAAAACUCAACAUAUGAUAUUAAUGGAAUUAAUGGGACGUGGAAGUUUACAAAAUCUUCUUAAUCAUCUGCUGAAUAAAUUAUCUUUAGGACGUAAAUUACCUAUGAGUCGACAAAUAGCAUCAGGUAUGAAACGUAUUCAUCAACAUGGUAUGAUACAUCGUGAUAUUCGACCAGAUAAUAUUCUUAUUACAGAUCAUUAUGAGGCGAAAAUUGGUGAUAUGGGUAUUGCACGUGUUCUUGAUCCAACAAGUCAACUAACUCAAUUAGGUUGUGUACAAUUUAUGCCACCAGAGUUUUUUCGUUUUGCUGCUGAUGGACAUGUUCAAUAUACUGAAAAACUAGAUAUCUAUACAUAUGGUCUUACAUUAAAUCAAUUAUUUACAGAACAAAUGCAGGAAUUUCGUUUAUCAGCUGAACCACAUAUUAUAUUAACUAAAAAAAGUCCUAUUUUCUAUGAUGAAAUUAUUUCAAGAUGCUUAGAUGAAGACUCUAGUCGACGACCAAGUGCGAUUGAAAUUGAAAAAACUUUAGAAUUCUACGAAGCAACUUUUUCAAAAAUAAAGAAUUCAGAUUCUUAUACAAAAAUGAGUACACAAGAAAAAAAUCAAGCUUUUAUUCAAUUUUAUGAAGCUAAUAAAAUGAAAAUUGUACAUUUUGUUAAAGAUAAAUUUCCUCAACAAUUUUUUCAUGAUGUUCAACGUAAAUUUUCAAUUAAACAGAAAUCAUCAGAAUUUUAUGUAGCAGUUGACAGUGUUUGUCGUACCAGUUAA